GCGCUGCCCACCUCAGGGCUCUCUCUGUCGCCCAGCUCUUGCCCGGAUCGGGGCGGAGCCGUACUGUCCAAAGUGAUCCGGAAGUAGCGCCGCUGUCACUCCAAGCACCCACCGACCUGGGGUGGGAUGCCCACUUUGACCCCUUCUCAGUCUGGUGCUCUCGACUGAAGGCUCGACGUGCCUGCUUUUGUCCUCUUUCGUCCCCCCACCAACCCCGCCAGCAUGCCCACCGCGGCCCCCAUCAUCAGCUCGGUCCAAAAGCUGGUGCUCUAUGAGACUAGAGCUAGAUAUUUCCUUGUUGGGAGUAAUCAUGCAGAAACCAAAUACCGAGUCUUGAAAAUUGAUCGAACUGAACCGAAAGACUUGGUUAUCAUUGAUGAUAAGCAUGUCUACACUCAACAAGAAGUAAGGGAGCUUCUUGGCCGCUUGGAUCUAGGAAACAGGACAAAAAUGGGACAGAAAGGCUCCUCUGGGUUAUUUCGUGCUGUGUCAGCUUUUGGUAUUGUAGGUUUUGUCAGAUUUUUAGAAGGUUAUUAUAUUAUAUUAAUAACAAAAAGGAGGAAGAUGGCAGAUAUUGGAGGACAUGCAAUAUACAAGAUAGAAGAUACGAAUAUGAUAUAUAUACCAAAUGAUUCUGUACGAGUUACUCAUCCUGAUGAAGCUAGAUAUCUUCGAAUAUUUCAAAAUGUAGAUCUAUCCAGCAAUUUUUAUUUUAGUUACAGCUAUGAUUUGUCCCAUUCCCUUCAAUAUAACUUGACCGUUUUGAGAAUGCCAUUAGAAAUGUUAAAAACUGAAACAGCUCAGACUCGGCAAGAGAGUUUUGACAUCUUUGAAGAUGAAGGAUUAAUAACACAGGGUGGCAGUGGUGUAUUUGGGAUUUGCAGUGAGCCCUAUAUGAAGUAUGUGUGGAACGGUGAACUUUUGGAUAUAAUAAAAAACACUAUACAUCGUGAUUGGCUACUGUAUAUCAUUCAUGGCUUCUGUGGACAGUCAAAGCUGUUAAUUUAUGGCAGACCAGUUUAUGUUACUUUGAUAGCUAGAAGAUCAAGUAAAUUUGCUGGAACCCGUUUUUUAAAGAGAGGUGCAAACUGUGAGGGUGAUGUUGCUAACGAAGUAGAGACUGAACAGAUACUCUGCGAUGCUUCUGUAAUGUCAUUUACAGCAGGAAGCUAUUCCUCUUAUGUGCAAGUUAGAGGCUCUGUUCCCUUAUAUUGGUCUCAAGAUAUUUCAACUAUGAUGCCUAAACCUCCAAUUACAUUGGAUCAAGCAGAUCCAUUUGCCCAUAUAGCUGCUCUUCACUUUGACCAGAUGUUCCAGAGGUUUGGCUCCCCUAUUAUCAUCUUAAAUCUAGUAAAGGAACGUGAAAAAAGAAAGCAUGAAAGAAUUCUGAGUGAAGAACUUGUUGCUGCUGUUACUUAUCUCAAUCAGUUUUUGCCUCCUGAACAUUCUAUUGUUUAUAUCCCUUGGGACAUGGCCAAAUAUACCAAAAGCAAGCUGUGUAAUGUUCUUGAUCGACUAAAUGUGCUCGCAGAAAGUUUGGUGAAGAAAACAGGUUUCUUUGUAAACCGUCCAGAUUCCUACUGUAGCAUUUUGCGACCAGAUGAAAAGUGGAAUGAACUAGGAGGAUGUGUGGUUCCCACUGGUCGCUUGCAGACUGGCGUCCUUCGUACCAAUUGUGUGGAUUGCUUAGAUCGCACUAAUACAGCUCAGUUUAUGGUAGGAAAAUGUGCUUUAGCUUAUCAACUAUAUUCCUUGGGAUUGAUUGACAAACCUAAUCUACAGUUUGACACAGAUGCAGUUAGGUUAUUUGAGGAACUAUAUGAAGAUCAUGGUGAUACUCUGUCUCUUCAGUAUGGUGGUUCUCAGCUUGUUCAUCGAGUCAAAACUUAUAGAAAGAUAGCUCCAUGGACUCAGCAUUCCAAAGACAUCAUGCAAACUCUGUCUAGAUAUUACAGUAAUGCUUUUUCAGAUGCUGAUAGACAAGAUUCUAUCAAUCUCUUUCUGGGAGUAUUCCAUCCCACUGAAGGCAAACCUCAUCUCUGGGAGCUCCCAACAGAUUUUUAUUUACAUCAUAAGAACACCAUGAGACUUUCACAGACAAGAAGAAGCUAUACAGAUUGGUUGACCCCAGGAGUAAUAAAUCAUUUGCCAUUGCCUUAUGAUGAAGUAACCUGUGUGGAAAACAGAAAGAAAUUGAUAGUGAAGAAAUUUCACAAGUAUGAAGAAGAAAUUGAUAUCCACAGUGAGUUCUUUCGACCUUAUGAAUUAAGUAGUUUUGAUGACACCUUUUGCUUGGCCAUGACAAGUUCAGCAAGAGACUUUAUGCCAAAGAAUGUUGGCAUUGAUCCAAGUCCAUUUACCGUGCGUAAACCUGAUGAGACUGGAAAAUCGGUGCUGGGAAAUAAAAGCAAUAGGGAAGAAACUGUAUUACAACGAAAAACAGCAGCUAGUGCCCCCCCACCUCCAAAUGAAGAAGCUGUUUCCAGUAGUUCUGAGGAUGAUUCUGGAACAGACAGAGAAGAUGAGGGUUCUGUUUCUCAGCGUUCCACCCCAGUCAAGAUGACAGAUGCAGGAGACAGUACCAAAGUGACAGAGAAUUUAGUGCAACCUAUGAAAGAUGUUUAUGGGAUUAACCUUUCAGAUGUCCCUUCAGAAGAAGAUCUUUCUGUUUAUACAAGGUUUGUUCAACUGGGACAACAUCAACACAAGCAAGACAAGAGUAACCAGCAGCAUUGUUCUAAGCACUUAGAUGGAGUUAUAAAAUUAACACAUAUCUCCUCUUUCUCCCAAGACAACAUUUAUGAAGUUCAGCCUCCAAGAGUAGACCGAAAAUCUACUGAGAUCUUUCAGGCACACAUCCAGGCCAGUAAAGGCAUCAUGCAGGCCCUGGGGAAAGAGGACAUCUCUAUGUACAGAGAAUAUAUCCGAAAUCGAUACAUGUGAAAAGGAGGUUAAGAAUGACAUACUGGAUUCCAAAAUAAGAAAGAUAACAUUCAUCUAUUUUAGAUUAUACCUGUUUGUUUUGUUUUUUCUCACAAAGGUAACAUUUCUUGGUAAUCUAUUUCUAAGCAUGUUUUUUCUUUGUUACUUAUAAGUAACUUUGUAAAAAAUAAAGAAGCAACUGAAUCCGUA